AAAUAAUCCUCACACACUCUCGCAGGCGUGGGAGUCCUUCUACUAACGAAGGACAACUACCUGGUGGUGGCGCGUCGGGCUGAGUGGCUGCUCGAGUAUCCCAACUUCCUUGACCGGGCGGGAGGUCAUCCAGAGCCCGAUCACGUCUUUACGCCCGACGGGUCACUCAAGCCAGGGAUGGAAACAGACAAUGUCAACGAGGCUGUUAUGAACGAGAUCUGGGACUCGGCCAUCAAGGAGGCUGAGGACGAGGUAGGACUCAACAGAGACCAGUUGGAGAAUUUCUGUUGCUUGGGACUCACAGCCAACACAGAGGAGGGAGGGAGACCGUCGAUGGAGUUUUUCGCUCGGUUGAACCUCACAGCAGCCGAGGUCAAGGAGCUGCACGCCUUAGGAAACCAGGUCGAGGCUGACGAACUGACGAGCCUGUGCGUGCUGCCCUCGGGUCGGGUUGGGGCGUUGGUUGACCUCCUGCUCCGGGGGAAAUCAGAUCACUCAGAAUCUGCCAACAGUGACGUCACAGACGAGGAGGAAACCCGAGCUAUGCUAAAGGAAAUGACGUCAGCACUGAAAGGCGCGCUCCUAUUGGCUCAUCACCACGAAAUAAUCCCGGUUGAAAGGUCAUGAAAGGUCAACCGAAAAUAAAUGUAAACAUUCCUCUAAAUUUCGUUAGAUGUUUGUUGGAGGUGAAAAUGGUGGUUGAUGUACAUAAAAAAAUAAAUUCUUAGGUGUGUUUGAAGUGUAAA